AUGGACAGAAACCAAGAAAUUGUACUGACCCAGAUGCGGAAAUCGGUUGAAAAGCUUAUGUCUUCCACAGAGAUCUCAAACCAACCCAUACUGUUCCUACCCGAAAUCCGAAAUGGACAUUCACUGACCCAGAUGAGGAAAUCAGUUGAAAAGCUUAUGUCUUCCACAGAGAAGUAUGGAGACCCAGCACUCAUGAGGUUCUUGAUUGCCAGAUCAAUGGACCCAGACAAAACUGCAAAGAUGUUUGUUCAGUGGCAGAAAUGGUGGACUGCAUUGGUGCCUUCAGGGUUCAUCUCUGACUCUGAAGUUGGCGAUGAAUUGGGAUCUAAAAAGAUUUACUUACAGGGUUUAUCAAAAAAUGGACACCCAGUAAUUAUUGUCAGCUUGAGUUACUUUGAAGUCACAAAGGAUCACGGUUCUUUUAAAGGCCAAGAGAUUGGAAAUGAAAAGCUGACUGCUGUUCUUGAUUUACAACAAAUUACAUUCAAAAACAUUGAUGCUCGUGGGCUAAUCACUGGUUUUCAGUUUUUGCAGCAAGACAUUUCAUUCUUGCAUGGAUUUCCGUGUACUUUUUACAGUUCUUUUAAAGGCAGAGAGAUUGGAAAUGAAAAGCUGACUGCUGUUUUUGAUUUACAACAAAUUACAUUCAAAAACAUUGAUGCACGUGGGUUAAUCACUGGUUUUCAGUUUUUGCAGAUCACCUUUGUUAGAGGCCAAACCUCUGGUUUUGAUCGCAAAUCUGGUUCUAGGUUUAUUAUUGAUGAUAGGGCUUACUAUCCAGAGCGUUUAGCUAAGUGUUUCAUACUAAAUAUGCCACGGUUUUCCGUGAGUGUUUGGAGGAUAGUAUGCCGAUUCCUUGAGAAAGCGACGCUAGAGAAGAUCGUAAUUGUGAACAAUGAAGACGAAAUGAGGGAAUUUGUUAGGGAAAUUGGUGAAGAGGCCUUACCCGAAGAGUAUGGCGGGCGAGCAACGCUCGUGGCUCUUCAAGACGUUGUACUUACCCCAUUG